UGGCAGCAACGAAGCAGCGGCUUGGUUUCCUCGUCGUAACUUGCUUCUUGAUUCGCGUUCAUGGACACCCCAACUACGCUGAUGCGUUGCGCAAAUCCAUCUUGUUCUUCGAGGGGCAGAGGUCCGGUCGGCUUCCCAGGGAUCAACGGAUUACUUGGAGAUCAAACUCCGGCCUUUCCGAUGGCUCGGCCGCCAAUGUGGAUCUGAGCGGAGGCUACUACGACGCCGGGGACAACGUCAAGUUCGGGUUCCCGAUGGCCUUCACGGCCACCAUGCUGUCGUGGAGCGUGCUGGAGUACGGGAAGCGCAUGGGAGGCGAGGUGGGGAAUGCGAGGGCCGCCAUCCGCUGGGCCACCGACUACCUGCUGAAGGCCGCCACCCAGACGCCGGGCAAGCUCUACGUCGGCGUCGGAGACCCCGACGCCGACCACCGGUGCUGGGAGCGCCCCGAGGACAUGGACACGCCGAGGGCGGUGUACUCGGUGUCCAAGACCAACCCGGGGUCGGACGUGGCGGGGGAGACCGCGGCGGCGCUGGCCGCGGCCUCGCUGGUGUUUCGGGUGACCGACCGCGCCUACUCGAGGCGGCUGCUGGCCGUGGCCAAGACCGUGAUGGUCUUCGCCAUGAAGUACCAGGGCAAGUACAGUGACUAUCUUGGAAGCGUCGUGUGCCCGUUCUACUGCUCCUACUCGGGCUAUCAGGAUGAACUACUAUGGGGUGCUUCAUGGCUAUUCAGAGCAACCAAUGAUGCCUUCUACCUCAACUAUCUUAAAUCUCUAGGAGCAAAUGACAACACUGACUUCUUCAGCUGGGAUAACAAAUUUGCAGGAGCUCGAGUUCUUCUAUCCAGGAGAGUACAUGUAGACAACAACAUGUCUUUCGUACAGUUUCAGCAGCAAGCUGAGGACUUCAUGUGCCGAAUUCUCCCCAACAAUCCUUCCUCGACAACACAGUAUACUCCAGGAGGACUGAUGUACAAGCAGAGCUCUGCUAAUCUCCAGUAUGCUACCUCCAUUUCCUUCUUGCUCUUCACCUACUCCAAGUACAUUGCUUCCUCCAAGCACAGUUUCACCUGUGGCAACCUCUUGUUCACUGCAAGUUCCCUGAGAUCUCUUGCCAAGAAACAGGUGGACUACAUUCUCGGAGAGAACCCUUUAAAGAUGUCAUACAUGGUAGGGUUUGGUGCAAGAUUCCCACAGAAGAUACACCACAGAGCCGCCUCCCUGCCCUCCCUGGCCACCUACCCUGGUCACAUUGGUUGCCAAGCCGGUUUCCAGUACUUGGACUCCAGCAGCCCUAACCCUAACAUCUUAACUGGAGCUGUGGUUGGUGGCCCCGAUCAGAAUGAUGCAUUUACAGAUGAUCGGAAGGACUUCAGUCAUGCUGAGCCGGCCACCUACAUCAAUGCUCCGCUUGUUGGUUCUCUUGCUUACUUGGUCGGGAGCUAUGGCAAUGGUUAACUGUUGCAGUAUGUUUGCAGCUUUCUUAAAGGUCAAUGGCAGGAGAAGAUCCAUGUAGCCAUUGUAGCUUCUGUUAAGGAAUCUUAAUCUCAAACUUCUAGUGUUCUAAGUAACUAUAUAAACAACAGAUUUUUCUACUCGUUCAUCAGA